AAACGAGACGGAGAACACACAGAUCAUGUUUGUUUCUUGUGCUUUUUCACAGAGAUUGAUAUUUAAUGGGAAGGAAUGUUGCAGUAAUGAACUCAUCCAAACCAGAGAAAUAGAGUGUGUGUGUGUGUGUGUGUGAGAGGAUAAAGCAUGAGUGAAAGUGUGUGUGCACGUUUGUGAAUAAAUGCAAAUGUGUGUGAAAAUGCAUGUUUGUGAACAAAUGAGUUUAAGUGCUUGUCUGUGUGUGUGUGUGUGUGUGUGUAAGAACGAGGCUCUCUGAAGACGGUUACAGUCACACUCGUUCCCUUCCGCUGUUUUUCUUACAGAGGGCUCUGGCUGUACCUUUAUACUAUUUUAGGUUAUAUAAAUAUAUUUAAUAUAUGAACGUAGCAUAUUUUCUUAAAUGCAUACAUGCAUGUGUUUUUAUUCAUAUGCACAAAUAUACACAGCACACAACCUUUGAUCCAACAUCUUUUUGCUUAAAAAAAAAAUAAUUGUGAGUAAUGAUUUGAAUAAAUGUAUAUAUGUAAAUAUAGUGUGUGCACUAACUACUGUAUUAAAAGUCUAACCCAAAACCACAAGCCUAGUCUAGUUAACCCUAAACCACACAGUUUGAAUGUUUUAGUUCAUGUCUGUCUUUUGGAGCUCAGUUUUUUUCCUGCAUUAAUCAACAAAAGUAGUUUAUUCUCAGGAGUGUGUAAUGAUGAGGAUUUUAAUUUUGAUGUUUUGAGUCGCCAGCAACAGGAUGGCAUGCAUGCAAGAUCAAAAACACUUUCAUUUACUUUGAGCGAAUAAGUUAAAAAAAGAAAUGCAUUUAUUUUUUAACUUAUUCACUCAGUGAUUCCCAAACAAUUCGUUCAGUUUCUCCAAACUCCGAUGGUUGAUUUCAUUUAAAGCAGUGUUUGUGAGUUUUUAACGCUCCCUAAAGAGACACCUAGUGGUCAAGAAUCAAGCUACAUUUUCAUUCAGACCAAUGGGAAAAGAGCAAAGUGGGCGGGGAAUAAGCUAAUAUUUCAUCUAACAGACUGGGAUUUGUUUCAAAAUGACUCGUUUCAGUGAUUCAGACUCGACUUUCUUUAUAUACCGUGCACUUUGCAGGAUGUUUUCAUUCGUUUAGAACGAAAGGUCAUUGACUCUCUAUCUGUUUCAGGAUGAGCUGUAAGGUGGCGCUGUGGCUGCUUCUCGCCGGGCUGCUGUGUCUCGUCUCCGCCGGACGUAAAACCCGACCGCAGGGAUCCAUCCCGUCCCCCUACAAGACCAGCUCCAACACCUCUGACCGCCGCACGCGCAAACAGGAAGUGCUGGCCUCCAGCCAGGAAGCUCUGGUGGUGACUGAGCGCAAAUACUUGAAGAGCGACUGGUGCAAGACGCAGCCGCUGCGGCAGACGGUCAGUCAGGAGGGCUGCAAGAGCCGGACCGUCAUCAACCGCUUCUGCUACGGUCAGUGCAACUCCUUCUACAUCCCGCGGCACGUCAGGAAAGAGCAGGAGUCCUUCCAGUCCUGUGCCUUCUGCAGACCGCAGCGCUUCACCAGCCUCACUGUGGAGCUCGACUGCCCCGACCUGCAGCCGGACGUCCGCUACCGCAAGAUCCAGAGGGUCAAGCAGUGCCGCUGCAUGUCCGUCAGCGUGUCCGAAUCCGGAAAACGGUGAGAUCCUGACCACGCUUCACUGGAAACACCUGCUGCUAAUCUGUGCUGAGAGACUGCAAGGCUUCGGAACGCCAUCUUAAGACUCUCCGGCUGGACACUGGUCACACUAUCAGUCAUCAUUGGUCACAGUCGGUCAACAUUUGCCUCUAACGGUUGUCAUUAGCCACCGUUGGUCACCAUCAGUCACUGCUGGUCCCCAUCGAACCCUACUGGUCAUCAUUUGACACUGCUGGUCACUGCUUGUCUCCUUUGGACACUAUCAGCUACCAUUGGUCAUCAAUGGUAACUAUCGGUCAUUGGACAUUAUUGGUUACUGUUGGUCACUACUGGUCUCCAACAGUCACCAUCAGUCACUGCUAGUCGCUAUUGGUCACUAUCAGUAGUCACUGAACACUAUUAGUCACCCUAGGUCUUCAUUGGUUACUAACAAUUAGCACUGGUCUUUAUUGGUCACAGUCGGUCACCAAUAGUUUCCAACAGUCUAUCAGUCACUGUUGGUCACUCCUGGUCUCCAUCAGAUACUAUUGGUCACCAUAGGUUACUACUGGUCACUUUUGAUCACCAUCAGUCAUCGCUGGUUGCUAUUGGUCAUCAUAGGACACUAUCGUCGCUGCUGGUCUCCUGUGGACACUACUGGUCUCAGUCAGACACUAGUGGUCAUCAUCACUAUCGGUCCCUACUAGAAACUAUUGGUCACCACUGGUCUUCAACAGACUCCAUCAGACACUAUAAGUGACUCUUAAUCAUCAUUGAUCACUCUUAGUCAUCAAUGGACACUAUUGGUCAUUAUCAGUCAUCAGUGGUCACCAGGCUCAUAAUCGGUUACUAGAGAGUGUGUGGAAACUAACUGACAUGAAAGAAAUGACUCCACGCUGGACAGGAGCCGCUGCUGUGUGAUGACCGAUGCUAGUUAACACCAAACAUGCAUAACUAGACGGAUUAUAGAGAUUCUAUAGAAAUAUGGUACAGCAAAGUAUAUAUAUAUGUAGAGAAAUAACUGAAGUCUAUAUUAAAAGUAUUGAGUUCUAUCCUUGUCUUCUGUUUUUUAGGAGUUCAGUCUGGUUUAACUAAAGCUGAAAUGGGAACCCUAGCCUUCAUGCGUUUUAAUCCACUUGAUUUUUCUCCAUUGGUUUAAGUGUUAAUUUGCAGCAGAGUUUGAUUUGCUCCAUUUCAAAACCAAGCUCCGCAAUCAAACUGGUGAAGUGAGUAUUAAAGCCUGUCCACCAGGAAGAACUAUGAGAAAGUUUCAAUAAAUGCUGCAACUAUAAGAGAACAAUGGAGCCAACAACACAACUACAUAAUACAGAUUUCAAGGCUCAGAAUUCUAUUUUUCCUUGCAAUUCAGGGUUUCUCUCUCACAUUUCUGAAACUCUGAUAUAAACUUUGAAAUACAAGUUAUGAACUCUGUAGCAUCCAAAACGUCUAUUUAGAAAGAAUACUUGGGAAAACAUGCAAUUGUGAGAAAAACUAAAAUCUGAAUUGUGAUCAAGUUGAAAUGAAUACAUGCAAACUCAGAAUUCAGAGAAUAUGAUUUUAAUUCAUAUCUUGUAAUUCUGACCUCACAGAACUGAGAGCAAUAUCACGCAAAAUGGAGAAAAAAAAAAAAGAAUAGUGAAAUAAGCAUAGAAUUGCCGAACUGUCCCAUAAAAAAAAUAAAAUUAAAAAUAAAGGUAAAUGUGACUUAUUUUUUGUUUCAUGGUUAAAAACAAAAACAAUCUGAAGAUAUAAACUCUUCUUGCAAUUCUGACUUUUUCCUCUGAGUUCCAGGUGUGUCUUGCAGCUGUGACUUUCUUGGAUGCAAAUGUUCUUUUUCUCAGAAUUGAGAAAAUUGUCAGCUAACAUUUUCAAUUUAUUUAUUUUUUAUUCUGGUGGCAGAAACGAGCUUCCUUAAUAUAACGAUUACUUUCAGAGUGACUUUGCAGAAUGUAACUGAAGUGCACUUAUAAUAAACAAUGUUAUUGUGCGUUUGUGUUUCCAUUAUCUGUGGAAAAAAAAAAGUGCUUUCCGUCAGUUUGACACUGCUUCAAAGAUCUUCCAGUAAACACUGGGAUUAGAAGUGGAAAGAAGGCAGUAAAUGACAUCGUAAAACAUCCACAUAAAGAGCAAACCAUGAAAGAGAUAUGAAAAAAAAGAAAAGUGAUAUUCUUAUGCAUUCCAGCUAGUUAUUUGUAAGAUAUGUUCAGUAAAUCAGAAAAAACACACCAUGUUUUUGGUGUAAACGCAGUAAAACCUGUUCAACGGAGCAGAGACUCCAAAUAAAUGUCCCAAAAUGCUCAUUUAAGACACAUAAUACAACCCUGAAGAUGCGGAUCCAUGGCGAAUGUUCAAGUGAAUCUCCAAUCGUGUGAAAUAAAUUAAAAUGUCUGAAUUUAUUAAUCCCUUUAUUUUACAUAAAUUACACUCUUCUCAAAACGUUCAGAUACAAACAGUUAUUGCACAGAGCGCAGACGUCCAUCCACACCUCCGACACGCACAUGCUAAAAACAAACCAAUGCUACAUAAAGAUGUUAAUAUCAUUUACAUUAAAUUAAAAAAACAUCCUCUUAAAUACAUCGAGUGAGUGAAUGCAGCCCAAACAGAAAACAAUAUUGCAUAAUUUCACAAAAACACUGAGUAGAUUCCUGAACGUUCGCCGCCGAUUCAUACUGUACAUACUGAAGUGUCUCUUUCAGGUCCUGUAGGACUGGAGUGUGCUUUGAACAUGUUAAACCAGCUGAAGACUAGAGCACUAACCUGCACUAACUAGUGUUGGUUUAAAAGCAUGUGACGGUGCCGAUGUUUAAAAUAAAGACUAGAUACUGUCGCUUUCUCUCACCUUUUUUUAGUCCGUUAAAAAUAAAACAAUCUUGUUCUGAUGAUAUUGCUUCAGUCUUCCAGUAUGUUCUGUGAUAUGUUCAUCCAUCAGGACACAGGAUAUGA